AUGCCUCCAGCCCUCAGCCUCGACACCUCUGACUCUCGCGACACCACCAGGCCACUCCUCUUCGAAUGUGCUUGGGAGGUAGCCAACAAAGUUGGUGGCAUUUACACUGUCAUCAAGACAAAGGUGCCAGUUACCGUCUCCGAAUUCGGUGAUCGAUACUGCUUGAUUGGUCCUCUGUCCUACAAGUCGGCGCCCAUGGAAGUCGAAGCAAUGGAACCGAUAGACGACGACGCACUCUCCAAAACACUCAAAUCGAUGCGUGACCAGGGUGUCAAGAUUCUCUACGGUCGGUGGCUCAUCGAAGGUGCUCCCCGUGUACUUCUGUUCGACACGGGAUCGAUGUACCACCGCCUGGACGAGUGGAAAGGGGAUCUAUGGAAUCUUGCCGGCAUCCCGACUCCACCAAAUGAUCACGAGACCAACGAAACCAUCAUCUUCGGCUAUCUCGUAGCUUGGUUCCUGGGAGAAUUUGCGUCCCACCAGCUCAAGACGGCAAUCGUCGCACAUUUCCACGAAUGGCAAGCUGGACUAGCCAUCCCGCUUUGCCGUAAACGCCACAUCGAUGUCUGCACCGUUUUCACCACACACGCGACUCUCCUUGGUCGUUAUCUGUGCGCGGGCUCCGUCGACUUUUACAACAACCUUCAAUACUUUGAUGUCGAUCACGAGGCCGGAAAGCGCGGUAUCUAUCACCGUUAUUGUAUCGAGCGCUCCUCCGCACACUCUGCCGAUGUCUUUACCACCGUCUCGCACAUCACGGCAUUCGAAUCGGAACAUCUACUCAAGCGCAAACCAGACGGAGUUUUGCCCAAUGGCUUGAACGUUGUCAAAUUCUCUGCCAUGCACGAAUUCCAAAAUUUGCACGCAAGGGCCAAAGAGAAGAUUAAUGAAUUCGUGCGAGGCCAUUUCUACGGUCAUUAUGAUUUCGAUCUCGAGAAUACACUCUAUAUGUUCACAGCCGGGCGUUACGAAUAUCGUAACAAGGGAGUUGAUAUGUUUAUCGAAUCUAUGGCUCGCCUCAAUCACCGUCUGCAAAAGGCAAACUCGCCAAUAACUGUCGUUGCGUUUAUCAUCAUGCCCGCAGCCACGCAGUCGUACACCAUCGAAGCGUUGAAAGGACAAGCAGUCAUCAAGCAACUGCACGAUACCGUCGUUGAGAUUCAGCAGCGUAUCGGUCAACGACUCUUCGACAAGGCGGCCCGAUAUCAUACUAAUGACAAUGUCGAUCUCACAAAUCUAGAGGGUCUCAUGUCAAAUGAAGACAAGGUCCUCCUCAAGCGACGUAUCUUUGCCCUGAAGCGACACACCCUUCCGCCUGUGGUCACCCAUAAUAUGAACGAUGACGCCAACGACCCAAUUCUGAACCAGAUUCGCCGCGUUCAGCUCUUCAAUAGGUCGACCGACCGAGUCAAGAUCAUCUUCCACCCCGACUUCUUGAACUCGAACAACCCCAUCUUGGGUCUCGACUAUGAGGAAUUUGUUCGCGGAUGCCACCUUGGUGUCUUCCCCUCAUACUACGAACCGUGGGGCUAUACUCCCUCUGAGUGCACCGUCAUGGGUAUCCCAUCCAUCACGACAAACCUUUCUGGCUUCGGGUGCUUCAUGAACGAUAUCAUCGAGAAUCCAAGUGAGGAAGGAUGCUACAUUGUCGACCGCAGAUCCCAGUCGAUCGAAGAUUCUGUCAACCAAUUGACAGACUUUAUGACUUCGUUCUGCCAGAAGACCCGGCGCCAACGCAUUAACCAACGCAACCGUGUCGAACGUCUCUCCCCGUUGCUUGACUGGAAGAACCUUGGUAUCGAGUAUGCAAAGGCGAGGCAGCUUGCGCUGAGGAGAGCCUACCCCGAUGCUUUCGACGACGAUGGAUUCGAUAUGAACACGCCGUUUGAAAAGAUGGCCUUGUCCACCCCUGCAAGCCCCCGUUUCCGCGGAGGAACAAUGACUCCCGGAGAUAUUGGAACGCUCACAGAAGAGAUGCAACAUCUGGCUACUACCGACUACAAUGGCACACAGUCGUGGACAGAUAUCCGCAAGGUCGAGGAAGACGAUGAUAGCUACCCCUUCCCUCUCCACACCAAGGUUCGCUCCCGCGGUAUGUCUGGUUCGACCACACCAGCCAAUGGUCGGGGCCCUCCGUCCCAAGGUGACCUCGAAAAGGCGGACCAGAAGUUGAAGCCACUCUCAGACAAUGUUAACGGCCGUUAA